ACAACAGGUUGUGGUGAUGAAACAUUAACCCCUGAAGUGUUAAUCGAUGAAAGUUGAUGAGAUGCAAAAGAAACAGAUGAUUGGGUUUUCACUUCAUGGUAUCGCUUAUCAUUGCAAUUGCAAUAAAUGCAUGAGGAUUGGUAUAGAGACCAGUAACCAAUCAGACAGAUGGAGAGAGGAGGGUGGGUCAUGAAGAUAUACAAUAAAAAGAGACAAAAUCUGUCAGCAAACAGCAUGAAACAGUUGAGUCAACUCGAAGAGUGACCAGAGCAGCAACUAUGGCUUGUGAACUAUUCAGCCACGAGGAGAAGAAAAUUAUACAUGACAUCGGCAAAUUGCUCCACGAAAAUGCAAAAGAUUAUGGUGCGGAAUCUUUGUCCAGGCUGUUUAUGAUUUAUCCUGGAAGCAAGACUUACUUUACCUACAAGGACUUUAGCAUUUCAAACCUGAAAACCCAUGGGGAAAAGGUCAUGAAUGCAUUGGCCAAAGCAGCAAAAGACGUGGAUAAUCUGAAGACGUCACUCUGCGAACUUGCUGAAUUCCAUGGGAAAAAGCUUUUGGUGGACCCUCAAAACUUCCUGGUUUUCUCCAAAUGUAUCCAAAUGACAUUGGCCAAUCACCUGGCCAGUUUCUCUUCUGCACACCAACUUGCUGUGGACAAAUUCCUCAAGGCCGUUUACGAGCAUCUGAGCUCUAGGUACCGUUGAAAAUGCAGCCAAGAUCAUUUUGGUAGAAAGCAGCUCGAAGCUCAUUCUCCAAACCCCUCUCUGCCCAGUUUGCUCAAACUACAUGCCAAUGAAUCCUUUCUCUUUAUGAACACUCUCCAUCUUUCUGUAGCCUGCGCUUUUCAAAAUUGAUUGUAAUUGUUAAACUGCUUCAACCGAAAUUAUUCCUGAGACGCAAUAAACAUUUGCUUUUAUCAAUGCUG